GAAGAAUAAAGUUCAAGGAAUUAUUCUUAAAGUGUGGAUAGUAAAUUUCACGAAAUUAUUAUUAAAAUCUAGAUAAUAAAUUUUACAUAAUUAUAUAGAAGAUGUUUGUGCACAAUGAUCACAUCUCUCUCUCGUUCAGUUUGAUUUCAUUCCUUGUACAGCCAUCGGCUACCCAUUUCCUAUUUAUCAUCUUCGUCAUCUAUCACAGCCAUGGCAGAGAAGAAAGUUACAGUAAUGGUGAUUAAGGUCGAUCUUAGCUGCGAGAAAUGCCACAAGAAAAUCAAGGAAGUGCUCUGUAAAAUUCCUCAAAUUCAAAAUCAGAUAUAUGAUGAGAAGGCAAACACAAUUACAAUCACUGUGGUGUGCUGCAGCCCAGAAAAGAUCACUAAAAAGAUAUGCUGCCAGGGUGGUGAUUCAAUCAAGGGUAUUGAGAUCAAACUUCCAGAGAAAACUAAAACAAAAAAGAAACAAGAGGAGUCUGGGGAGACCGAGAAGUUGGAGAAGGCCAUAGAACCAGAAAAGACUAAACCUCCAACAUCAGCACCACUGCUAGUGAGGAGGUGUUGCACAGAAUGGUAUCAAGGAUAUGAUGGAGGCCCGUGUUAUCACGGUUCUGAAAGGCCACCCCCACCAGCACCACCGGCACCAGCACCACCGCCACCAGCACCACAGCCACCAGCACCACCCCCACCAGCACAGACAACAACACCAAAAGAUAAGGCAACAUACCCACCACUGGUGAGGACGUGUUGCACAGACUGUUAUCAAGGAUUUGGUAGAGGCCCAUGUUAUAGCCGAAAUGAAAGGCCAACGCCAUGUUAUGAGGCUUAUGGAAGGCCUGUGUACGAUAGUUGCGGCAGCAGCGACAGUGAUGGCGGUAACUUCAAUAAUUGCCGAAGGGGAUGUAACGUCGGGAGAUUUGAUUGUCUUAGUGAAGAAAAUCCAUCGGCAUGCAGUCUCAUGUAAGGAAUUGAUUGAAAAUGCUGGUCUUAAUUAUUGUAUGAUCAUUAUUUUUCUUUAUAACAAAUCCCUUAAUUAA